AAAAAAAAAAAAAAAAGGUGCUCUCUUCUUCUUCUUCUUCUUCUUCUUCUUCUUCUGUUCUUUCUCUCAUGGAAAAUCCACGCACUGUCGAGGAAGUUUUCAGAGAUUUCAGGGGCCGUCGUGCUGCUCUGAUCAAGGCCCUCACUAAAGAUGUUGAUCGUUUUUUCAAGGAAUGUGAUCCUGAGAAGGAAAAUCUUUGCCUCUAUGGUUAUCCCCAUGAGAACUGGGAAGUUACUUUGCCUGCUGAAGAGGUUCCGCCUGAGCUUCCUGAACCUGCUCUAGGUAUAAACUUUGCAAGGGACGGGAUGCAAGAGAAGGACUGGCUGUCCCUUGUUGCUGUGCAUAGUGAUGCGUGGUUGCUAUCUGUUGCUUUCUAUUUUGGAGCCAGAUUUGGAUUUGACAGAGCUGACAGGAGACGACUUUUUGGUAUGAUUAAUGACCUCCCGACUUUAUUUGAAGUUGUAACUGGAACUGCCAAGAAGCAAAUGAAAGAGAAGUCAUCUGUCUCAAACCAUAGCAGUAACAAGUCCAAGUCAAACUCCAAGAGCAAGUACUCCAAAGUUGAAGAGAAGGACGAGGAUGAAGGGGUAGGAGAAGGAGAGGAGGAGGAUGAGCAUGGGGAAACCUUGUGUGGAGCAUGUGGGGAGCACUAUGCUGCCGAUGAAUUCUGGAUCUGUUGCGACGCAUGCGAGAGGUGGUUCCAUGGAAAGUGUGUGAAGAUCACUCCAGCUAGGGCUGAACAUAUCAAGCAGUACAAAUGCCCGUCCUGCGGCAACAAAAGGGGGCGUGUUUGAGUGGAAGCCAUUUAGGAUUUAAGGAUUAAGAUCCAGUGUUUGUCCCCAUUUUAGGCUGUUGUAGCUAUCAAUUUAGGUGGCUGGUAAUUCUCCCUGCUGAACAGCACUGUAACUGCUGUGUCAUGAUAUAACUUCAAACACCUGUUUCUCUAAACUUAUUUAUCAAACAUCGUUUCAUGUGAUUAGAACUUUAUCAUGUAGAAAUCUAUGUUGUUGGGCAGUUCUCUGUUCUUUGCUUUUCUAAGAUGUGAAUGGGUUUUAGAUGGGUGAUUUGGGCCCCUUUGGCAAUGAAUUUAGAGCAAGUCUGCCAGAAUAAUAUUGAAC